GCAAGUCAUGUCAACACUGUUUCCUCUCUCUGGCUUCACAAAGAUUUGCUCAUUAUAUCUCAGAGCCUAACUACAUGCAUGAAUGCAACUUUAACAAACCUAUGCAAAAACAAAAGAGUUGAUUAAAACACAUCACACAGAAGGUAGGUUAGGAAGCUGAAAAAAUCUAUUGCCAACAAUGGAUGUUAAUGUUAAUGUUAUUAUUAAAGAAGACCUGCUGCAUGAUGGUGAACAAAAGCUACCACUUCUGCACAACAUGAAGGUUCCAGAUGCAGAUAGAAGCCUCAUUCAGAGAGCCAUAAGUCAAACAUUUCAAAGCACAGCGCAUUUGGCAAAUCUGUUACCAACUGGCACUGUUCUUUCUUUCCAACUUCUGUCUCCAAUAGUCACAAAUCAAGGCAACUGUGACUCCGUUUGCAAGAUCAUGACUGCUACAGUUGUGGCUCUCUGUGCUGUCUCUUGUUUCUUGCAAUGCUUUACCGAUAGCUUCAGAGAUGAUAAGGGGAAUGUUUGUUAUGGAGUUGCCACCUUCAAGGGGUUGUGGGUCAUUGAUGGAUCCACCACUCUUCCACCUCAACUGGGUGCAAAGUUUAGAUUGAUGUUCAUCGAUUUCGUGCAUGCAGUGAUGUCAAUUUUGGUGUUUGCAGCAGUUGCGUUAUUUGAUCAAAAUGUGGUGAAUUGCUUCUUUCCAUCACCUUCAACUCAGGCUCGGGAAAUCCUAACAGUGUUGCCUGUGAUCAUAGGGAUUUUUUGCAGCAUGCUCUUUGUGGCGUUUCCCACACAGAGACAUGGAAUUGGCUUCCCACUAUCACCAAAUUAAAAGUUUUAGAUAAUCAAAUGUGAUUUUCUUGUCUGCAACACUAUAGAGGAAUUUAAGUGAAUUUCAUUGCUGUGAUAUCAUAUAAAUAAAGUUGAAUAUUUAUUUCGUUCUAUCA